UGCGUUUUCAGGUCCGUUAGCUUAAACUAACUUUAGCAUUAGCGUGUUUCUCGAAAGUAGUUGUCCAUCUUAAAAGUUUAAAUAAAGUAUUCCACAUAGUCAAUUCUUACUUUGCCACAAAAGUUCUCUAACUUUAAAUGGCAGCUAUUCAGGUUCGAGAAAUUUCUGCAGUUAAAGAUCAACAAAUGAAGGAAGCCGCUGAAAAAUCUGCAAGAUCUGUUUUUGUUGGCAACAUUCCUUAUGAGGCUUCAGAUGAUCAAUUGAAAGAUAUUUUUAGUCAAGCUGGUCCUGUACUUAGUUUCAGGCUUGUAUAUGAUCGUGAAACUGGAAAACCAAAAGGGUAUGGGUUUUGUGAAUACAAAGACAGUGAAACUGCACAGAGUGCAAUGAGAAAUUUAAAUGGUACAGAAAUACAUGGCCGCCAAUUGCGUGUUGAUAGUGCUGCAAGUCAAAAAGGAAAUGGGGUUGAGGAUCCAAAAGCUUUUAUGAAAGAAAUAUCGCCUUAUGGACAAGCAGUAAACCCAGAUAAAGCUCCUGAAACAAUAACUAAUGCUGUUGCCAGUCUUCCUCCUGAACAAAUGUUUGAGUUAAUGAAACAAAUGAAGCUGUGUAUCCAAAACAAUCCUGAGGAGGCACGUCAAAUGUUACUUCAAAACCCACAACUUGCAUAUGCUCUACUGCAAGCUCAAGUUAUCAUGAAAAUAGUUGAUCCUAAAGUUGCUGAGGCAAUUCUGCAUCAACCUAGAGGAGAACCUCUUCCUAUUAAUCAAUUAAUGGAGCAAGCAGGUAUUGGUCCUGGCUCUCAAAAUGUACCUCCUCCCAUAAAACAGGAAUGGCGUGGAGAUUUAUCUCGUGAUAUUACUUUUCCUCCAAGAGGAGAAAUAUAUAGAGGGCCUGCACCUGAUAUUAGAGGUGAAUUUGGUCGUCCACCAGUCAUGGAAAGAGAUAUGAUGAGAGGGCCACCCCUGCACGAGAGAGAAUUUCGACCUCCUUCGAUUGAUGAUCGUCGUGGUCCUCCGAUAGAUGACCGUUUUCGAGAAUCAGGACCGCCUCCAUUUGAUCCUCGAGAUCGACCUGUUGAUAGGCAUCCCAAUGACCCAAGAGGUCCUCCUCCAUUAGAUCAACGAAUGCGCAUGGAUGGUCUACCUGGGAGAGAUGAAAGAGGAAUUAUAAGAGAUGAUCGAAUAAAUAGAGGUCCACCCCCAUCUCGUGACAACCGAGACCCAAGACCAGGGCCUCCAAUGCCUCAUGAAAUGAGAGGACCUCCACCAACGCAUCAUGGUGGGCCUUCUAACUUUAAUGCUCCACCAACCAAUCAUGUGCCACCUCCAACAAGUCAAUUUGAUGGGCGUCCUCAGCAAAAGUUUACACCGAGCCAAGGUACUGAAAAAACAGAAGCAUCUACUGGAACAAGCGGGACACCUGGUCCCAAUAAAGAAGAAAAGGAGCGUUUGAUUAUGCAAGUUUUAAAUCUAACAGAUGCUCAAAUAAAUAUGCUUCCUGAAGAUCAACGAGAAAGUAUACGUUUAUUAAAAGCGCAGUUUGCUAAUAAAAGAAACUAAAUUAAAAUGCUAGUAAGAAUUCGAUAAAACAAAAGAUAAAGGAACUUA